AUGUUUAAGUUGAACCAAAUGGAUGCGUAUGAGCAGCAUGACCUUGAAAAAAGGAGGUCGAGUGUUACCGCGGGAAGAGAAGCAACACUUAAAGACUUUGGUAAGUUAUGGGCUUCAAGUUCUGCAUCCAAAAGGAAAUGGGAUAGGACUCGCAUGCAGAGAGGAGCAGAUUCUAUUACAUUAGAUUCGCAAAUAUUCUUGGAUACAGUUGACUCAAACGAGCAAAUGGGGACAAACGUAAUUAAUUUAGAUUGGUGUAAUCACGUUGAACCAAAUACCCAGAUGGAGACGGAUGUGAAUAGUUUAGAUUUAUAUAAUGAAAUGGAUUAG